CGGAAAAGCUCGUGUUUCUUGUAGUGAUGUAGAUGUGUGUGGUUGGUGGAUGAGAUAAAAACGCAUUCGCACGGAUCCAGUCCUCUGCUCGAGACUUCAUGUAAAUACUCCACAAACGAUCGCGGAGGGACGUCACUCUCACUCUCACUCUCACACACACCGCCUACAACUUCCAUAUAUCCACCUGGAAACUAGAUGCAACGAACAUUAGCACCAAUGAAGGGUGAAGAUGAUGUAAGUACCGCGAGGAAAGAUGAGGAGGCUGAUGGCUCCGGGGAGAAACUCUUGGGUUUCAACAGCACAGAGGAGCAGCCAUCAGGCCCGAGAGGACAAGACAGCAUGUGGCGAAAUGAGAAGUAUGAAACUGUCCCAUUGGAUGUGAAGGGGAUUGAUGAAGACAAUUCUAAAGGCACUAGAGAUUCUCUAUACCCCCAGGCUGCUCUCCGGAAAGCUCAGCAGGGAAAUGAGAGACCAAAGGACCCAAAGCUGUGGCCGUACUUCCAGGAUGGCUUAAGGCGGAUAGAUUAUGUCCUCACCUACCAUGUCCAGAAGCCCCAGAGCACUCGCAAACAGUCAUCCAAGUCCUGCUUGUGCUGCAAAUUCAGACGUGAACAGAGCAACCCACCUGCUCAUGAGGACCCUGAACUCGCAGCCCAGGAACAGAGGCUGGAUUACCAUGACGAUGACCAGCGCCUCCGCAGGGAGGAGUUUGAGGAGAACCUGCGUGAGAUGGGCCUUGAGAUGGAGAGAGAGGAAGGGAAUAAAAUACCAGGUGUGGGAUUCUUGAAGAUCCAUGCGCCUUGGGAGGUUCUUUGUCGAGAGGCAGAGUUUAUGAAGUUAAAAAUGCCUACAUUUAAGAAAUAUGAAGUCAGCCAUGGAAGCAGCAUUGUAGAGAAGGUCAACAUGUUUAUGCAGAAAGUCACUGCACCCUUGCAACCUAACGUUGGGGAAAACCGGAUGGAAAAUGUGAAACACCUCUCCUACCCGUUCUCACGAGAAAAGCAGCAUCUCUUUGAUUUAUCAGACAGAAAUUCCUUCUUCGACAGCAAAACCAGGAGCUCAAUAGUGUAUGAGAUUUUAAAGCGAACAAAAUGCACACGGGCUAAGUAUGUCAUGGGAAUCAGCAGUCUACUGGGCAGUGGUAUCUACACAGCGGCCUACCCUUUGCAUGAUGGCGAUAUUGAUGGCAUAAAUGCUGACGCAAAUGACAGAAAGAUCUUGUAUGAAGAGUGGGCGAGUUACAGCAUAUUCUACAAGUACCAGCCCAUUGGACUGAUCAGGAAGUAUUUUGGUGAGAAAGUGGGCCUGUAUUUUGCCUGGUUGGGUGUGUAUACUCAGAUGCUAAUCCCAGCAGCAAUUGUGGGAGUUAUCGUGUUCCUGUACGGCUGUGCCACUGUGGAAGACAACAUCCCCAGUAUGGAAGUCUGCGACGAGAGAAACAAUAUCACCAUGUGCCCAAUGUGUGACCGAGCCUGCAGCUACUGGAAACUGGUCACGGCUUGCGGCACGGCUAGGGCCAGCCACCUGUUCGACAAUGCGGCCACCGUCUUCUUCGCCAUCUUUAUGGCACUAUGGGGUCAGCAGCUCUGUUCUCCUUUCAUGUUCACCCGCACGCUUGUUGCUGCUGUACACCAACUGUUGUUAAGGAUUAUACUUUCACUGAUUGUCACUGUGUUGCUAUUACCAGAAUUUCUGUUCUGUUCACUGAUCAUGCACAUGGCUGCUUUUGGCUCCAUAACCAGUUAUCUUUUUCCACUGUUUUUCACUUUUAAACUGGUUUUAAGUCCUGCAUAUGUUGGGAAUUGCUUUCUCUGUUUUUCCCAGAGUCAUCCGAGAGCAGAGUAUGAGUUCCAUGUCAUGAAGAAGUCCUUAAAGAAAGAGCAAUCCCCAAAGGCAGGAAAUGUGAAGCUGACAUGUAAAGACAGAAUGCCAGCUUACAUGACUAUUAUCGUCAUGAUGUUUUUUUUGAUCUGUGUGACCUUGGCCAUCGUGUUUGGUGUGGUGCUAUACAGGGUCUCCAUUAUGACUGCCCUGCACAUGAGUUCCACUCCCACGUUCCGCACUAAUAUACGGGCCACCGUUAAAACCACUGCUGCUAUCAUCAACCUCAUUAUCAUCAUCAUAAUGGAUGAGGUCUAUGGAGCAAUUGCACGUUGGCUCACUAUUAUGGAGGUGCCAAAAACGGACAAGAGUUUUGAGGAGAGGCUGAUCUUCAAGACGUUCAUAUUGAAGUUUGCAAAUGCAUUUACCCCUAUUGUGUACCUGGCAUUCUUCAGAGGCAGAAUCAUUGGACGUCCUGGCAAAUAUAUCUACGUUAUGGGGUCUUACCGGAUGGAAGAGUGCGCCCAUGCCGGCUGUCUGAUGGAAUUGUGCAUUCAGCUCUGCAUCACCAUGCUUGGCAAACAGCUCAUCCAGAAUAACCUGUUUGAGAUAGGCGUUCCAAAACUGAAGAAAAUGCUCCGACAACGCAAGAUAGACAAAAAGCAUCAGGAAGAGCUGAACAAAACGCUUCAUCGUCACGAGAAGGACCACUUCCUUGGGCCCUUUGUCGGACUCAACCCAGAGUACAUGGAAAUGAUCAUUCAGUUUGGGAUGGUGACCGUGUUUGUGGCCUCCUUUCCGCUGGCUCCCCUUUUUGCUCUACUGAACAACAUCAUUGAGAUCCGUCUUGAUGCCAAAAAGUUUGUCACGGAGCUGAGAAGGCCGAUUGCUGUAAGAGCAAAAGACAUCGGAAUCUGGUACACUCUUCUCAGGGGACUCAGUAAAGUGGCUGUCAUUGUUAAUGCAUUUGUGAUCGCAUUCACCUCUGACUUAAUCCCACGCCUGGUCUAUCAGUACAUGUACAGUCCAGACGGGACUCUUCAUGGCUUUGUCAAUCACACCCUUUCAUACUUCAAUGUUAGUCACUUCCAGCCUGGCACAGAGCCCAUGGAGCCAAUGCAUCUGGGAUACAAAGUGGAGGUUUGCAGAUAUAAGGAUUACAGGGACCCUCCAUGGUCUGCCACGCCAUAUGAGUUCUCAAGAGAAUUCUGGGCCAUUCUGGCGGCCCGAUUAGCUUUCGUCAUUGUCUUUCAGAAUGUGGUAAUGCUGAUGAGUGACUUUGUGGAUUGGCUAAUCCCAGACAUUCCCAAGGAUAUUAGCAUUCAGAUACACAAGGAGAGGAACCUCAUUGUCGAGCUGUUCAUGAAACAGGAACGGGGCAAGAAGUACAGGAAUACCAUCGGUGACCCAAGCCCCCAGCCGCUGCGCUCACGUCCCAGCUCACAAGCUUAGUCCAGCACUCUCUCUGAUCCCAGUGCUGCGAGGGAAGCAGUAAUACGGUCCAUUCUAGGGCCUGUUUAUAACUCAGUCCAGCUCUGUGACCUGCUCAAACAGAAUGGAGAGUCUGUAGAAGACUGGCCUGACCUGGCGGACCACUGCUGUAAGGAUCAAUGUUGUUACAAAGAAUGUUACAUGACUGCCACCUCACUGGUAUACCAGAAAAAAGUUACAAGAAAAAGAUUUUUUCUUUUGUUUGUUACUGAAUUAAGCAUCUUUUUCUAUCAGCUAUAUGCAACUUCUGCUGGUAGGUGUGUUUGGAAAGAGGGCUGUAGGGUUUGUAUUGUAUUUAUCUGUUGACUGAUGAAUAUUGUAUUAAGUUUUGUGAAGCAUCGCUGCUUUAGCAUUUAGAGACAACUAAUGAGCAUUUUAUUUGAAAAUGCAAUGCUUUUAUAUGAAUUUUAACAUGAAAAUGUAAUGUUCAUGUUUUCAAUAUUGAUAGGAUAGGAUUGAACUCUGAACCAACUCGUUUAACGUGCUUUUUAAAUGAUUUAAUAUUAGACAUUUCAUUCCGAAUAUUUCUGGUCAAGUGAAUUAGCAACUAUCAAUAUCAUGCUGUGUCCUCUUUAGGUACUAAGUACAGUUAGUUCUGUUCUAUCAUUGUAAUGAUUGUGUCGGUUUCACCUUUAGCUGUCUAUAUAUAAAAUAUAGAUUUAAAACACUACAAAUUAAAGUCACUAAUGCUCACUUGGUCUUUUUUUUAGUAUUCUAGAAUUUCUAUUAUAUGCGGUGGAGUGAUUCUGACAGGGUGUCGAUUGAUCUUGGGGAGUUUUGGCAGCAUGCAAGUGCUUGGUUUUUAGGUAGUGCGUCUGAAAAUGCUAUCAAGUUGUGCUGAGAAAAGGGUACACUGUAUAUAAACCCAUCACGUUCAAGAUGCCUUAAUAUUCAUGAUAAUGCACUGCAUUUAUUAAUGGGUCAUGUGGACAGAGUUUUGUGUCUGCCUGUCUGAAUGUUCUCUUGUCUUGGUUUGUGAAGUUUCAACCUUUAUAAAAUGGCAAUGAUGAUGGAAGAGAUAUAUAUUGGAAUGCUGCAUGUGUCUUCCAUUUACAGAAACUAUGUCUAGCAUGAUAAAUAAAAGAGUGGUUUUAAUUGAAAUGAAUAUAACAUAUGAAGGCAUACUCUGUUUGGACAUAUGACAUGCUUUUUUCUGAUAAAACUGAAUUAUUAAACAACGCUCUGUAUUUCCUCACUUUAAAAAAAAAAGGGCCUUGGUUUUAGCUUUAUUAUAAAUUGACAAUGUAAACCCAUUUAUAGACUGUUACUUCAUCCCACAUACUGUGAGAAAGAAAGAAACCUUUAAAUGUUUUAUGUCAUUGUAGCGUUUCAGUGUCUCAAACUGCUAAUGGGAGGUUAUGACUGUACUUUUGCUUUUGAAUUAUGUUUUGAAAAUAAAUA